AGGGUAACAUACAUCUGCAUAAUUUCCGUAAGAUUGGUUGAAAGGAAAAAAAAAGCUACCUCAGUCCUUGUUUAAAUAUUGCUGCCUGCCGAGGAUUUUGGUUAUUAAUUUUCUCUCAGGUUGAGGAGACAAGGACUGAGAAAAAUUAUUUGGAUUUGAGCGUCUGGAAGAUCUAUGUGAUUCCUACUGUGCAUUAACUAGUUGGACCUUAACGUUGGAGGGACAUGCAUUAAAGAAAGCCAGUAAAAUCAGAGAAUGGGGUCUUCUGGUAAAUCUCAUACUUUGGUUUGUAAGAAAACUUGUAUACACGGAAGUUUACCAAUUUUCCGGAAUCAGAAAAUAAUAAAAUACACAUAACGUUAACCAAUUUGGAAUCCUACCCCUACCUUCCUUUCCCCUCUCUAUCCAGUGAGUUAGCUUCUCAUACCAGCUCUCGAUUUACCCGAGCAAACACUGUUUAUACCGAAGGCCCUGGCAACGCUUCUGCCUCACCCCCAGUUCCGGCCGGGCUCCCCAGCUCCAGGAGCCCCAAACACAGGUUCCAGAGGCCAGCACGGAAAGCACAGCCGGACUCUCGAAGGCGUGGGAACCGGAGCGGGGCGCUCCUCCUCCCAGGUGGGGCGGAGCCGGGCCUCGCUGGGCAAGUGCGUGAGGCCGCGCCGGGCGCUCAGUCGCGGCGGGCGUUGGUGCGCGGGGCUAGGGGCGCGCUCGCACCGCUCUGAGGCUGAGCCCGGCCAGGGUCCGCGCGCGGAGCCACGUCGGAGCGCGCCGUCCCGACCCACCCAGGCGCUUUGCCCCGCUCCGACGUUCUCGCCAGUGGCCUAACCUGCUUGACUCGCCGCAACUCCCGGCGGCAGCAGGUGGCCUCGGACUCGCCGCCGUCACCGCUGCCCGAGCGGGCCGCGCGGCCCGGAGCCCUCUCGGUCGCCCCCGACAGGCGGGAUGGAGCCGGACGGGGACCUGGAGGAGCUGGCCCGGCUGCGCUCCGUCUUCGCCGCCUGCGACGCGAACCGCUCGGGGCGCCUGGAGCGCGAGGAGUUCAGCGCGCUGUGCGCGGAGCUGCGCGUGCGGCCGGCCGACGCCGAGGCCGUGUUCCAGCGGCUUGACGCCGACCGCGACGGCUCCAUCACCUUCCAGGAGUUCGCGCGCGGCUUCCGCGGGGCCCACCGCGGGAGACGGCGCUGGGGCCGGGGGCCGCGGGAGCCCGCGUUCACUGCGGCCCUGGUGGGGUCCGACCCCGGGGACAGCCAGGAGGACGAGGGCGACGAGGACGCGGCGGCGGCACUGGCCGCCCACUGGGACUCGGCGAGCCCGGGCCAGGCUUGGCAGGACUUCCAGGCGCGACUCGGGGACGAGGUCAAGUUCAUCCCCAGAAAAGAGCAAGUUAGUACCUUGUAUCAAAACAUCAACCUCGUGGAGCCAAGACUAAUUCAGCCAUAUGAACAUGUUAUAAAGAACUUCAUCCGUGAGAUCAAACUUCAAAGCACAGAAAUGGAAAACCUGGCCAUUGCAGUGAAGAGAGCCCAGGACAAGGCAGCCAUGCAGUUGAGUGAAUUGGAAGAGGAAAUGGAUCAGAGGAUUCAGGCUGCAGAACACAAGACACGGAAAGACGAAAAACGCAAAGCUGAAGAAGCCCUCAGUGACCUCAGGCGUCAGUAUGAAACAGAAGUGGGAGAUCUACAGGUGACAAUAAAGAAACUCAAAAAGCUAGAAGAACAAUCAAAACACAUAAGUCAAAAGGAAGAUGUAGCUGCAUUAAAAAAACAAAUUUAUGACUUAUCAAUGGAAAAUCAGAAAGUUAAGAAAGAUCUUUUAGAAGCACAGACAAACAUAGCCUUUCUUCAGAGUGAAUUAGAUUCUUUGAAAAGUGAUUAUGCUGAUCAGAGUCUGAAUUCUGAAAGGGAUCUGGAAAUAAUCCGAGAGUACACAGAAGAUCGAAAUAGUCUUGAGAGGCAAAUUGAAAUACUCCAAACAGCUAACAGGAAACUGCAUGACAGUAACGAUGGCCUAAGGAGUGCCCUUGAAAACAGUUACAGCAAGUUCAACAGAUCCUUGCGCAUAAAUAAUAUAUCACCAGGGAAUACAAUUUCCAGAAGCAGUCCUAAAUUUAAUGCUCAUUCUCCUCAACCUCUGGGCUAUGACAGGUCAUCCCGCUCUUCCUACAUGGAUGAGGACUGUGACUCUCUGGCCCUCUGUGAUCCCAUGCAGAGGAUAAACUGUGACAUUGACAGCCUGCCUGAGAGCUGCUUCGACAGCGGCUUGUCUACCCUGAGAGAUUUCAAUGAGUAUGACUCGGAGGUGGAGUACAAGCACCAGAGGGGAUUCCAGAGGUCACACGGCACACAGGAGAGCUCUGGGGGUGAUGCUUCAGACACAGACGUUCCUGAUAUCAGGGAUGAAGAGACGUAUGGCUCAGAAGGCGUGGCUUCCAUCCUGGACUGGAAGCCGCAGGAGUCUGCUAGUGAAGGCAGUGUCAUCAGCUCCUUGAGGAAGCCCAUCUCAGCACUUGCACCACAGACAGACAUGGUGGAUGAUAACCAUAACUCUUCCAGCUCACAGAAGGCUUACAAGAUUGUGCUGGCUGGGGACGCUGCAGUAGGAAAGUCAAGUUUGCUCAUGAGACUUUGCAAGAAUGAAUUUCGAGGAAACACAAGUGCCACCCUGGGAGUUGAUUUUCAAAUGAAAACUCUCAUUGUAGACGGAGAGCGAACAGUACUGCAGCUCUGGGAUACCGCUGGCCAGGAGAGAUUCAGAAGUAUUGCCAAGUCCUAUUUCAGAAGAGCAGAUGGUGUUUUGCUGCUGUAUGACGUUACGUGUGAGAAAAGCUUUCUUAAUGUACGAGAAUGGGUAGAUAUGAUUGAGGAUGCAGCCCAUAACAGCAUUCCUAUCAUGUUGGUAGGAAACAAGGCUGAUCUUCGUGAUGCUGCUGAAGCGGAAGGACAAAAAUGUGUCCCAGGGUACUUUGGAGAAAAACUGGCCAUGACCUAUGGGGCAUUAUUUUGUGAAACAAGCGCCAAAGAUGGUUCGAAUAUAGUGGAAGCUGUUCUCCACCUUACUCGGGAAGUGAAAAAAAGAACUGAUGAGCAUGACAGCAAAUCCAUUACCAAUCUGAGUGGGACCAGUUCCAAAAAGUCAACCCAGAUGAAGAAUUGUUGCAAUGGUUAAAUCCAAAAGAUCCUUGGCCCACGAAGCCUUCAUUCCCAGAGUACUGAAUGUCCGUGACUUAUCUGCUUCCUACAUGGAGUGGUACGUCCUACAGGCCCUGUCGUAUGGAGAGUUACAGUGUGGGAAAUCUGAACUGUGCUCUCAGGUCCCUCCAGAACCUCGGCUCUUUUUUGCUAUGUUUCAAUGAGUGAUUUGGGCCCCCUGGUUAAAUAUACCUGUCUUAUCCUUACAAAGUCUUAAUAGAUAGUGUGUAAAUGUUUUUAAAGGGGU